AUGGCUUUUAAGUCGGUGAUCUUCUGUUGCGUGGUCGCGAUGACACGAGCUAGCGUGGCGCCGGCGCCGGUCGCAUACGCAGCGCCGGCCUUCGCCAGGACAGAGGAAUAUGACGCUUUCCCUCAGUACCGUUUUGGAUACGACGUGGCUGAUUCCCUCACUGGCGACUACAAGAGUCAACAGGAGCAGCGCGAUGGUGACGUUGUACAAGGUUCUUAUUCCCUUGUGGAUCCGGAUGGCACUCGUCGCAUCGUCGAUUACGCUGCCGAUCCGGUUAACGGUUUCAACGCUGUGGUACGGAAAGAACCCUUAGUCGCAGUACCCGCAGUGGUUCCAGCCCGCCUCGCAGCUGCACCCGUACGCGCUGCGCCUUUGUCGGCUGUCGCUCAGCCCGCAGUUGUGGCUGCUCGGUAUGCUUUUGGCGCACCAGCUGUGGCUGCCCCUGCAGUAUACACCCCCGCGGUGGCAGCUAGAUACGUCACAUCUCCUGUGGUCGCUAGAACCGUAAACGCCCCGGUGACUGCUUUAGCAGCAGCCCCACCAGUGGCUGCCGUCGCUCCCUAUGCUGCAGCGCCAGUAAUCGCCCGAUACGCUACUGCGGGCGUUGCAGCAACUCCCAUUGCCCGCUACGGCACCGCUCCCGUCGUAGCCGCGCGCUACGCCGUGCCUAUAGAAGCCGCACCUGUUGCGGCAUACACCGCUGCGUACGCUACGCCAGUCGCCGCUACAUAUACAGCCCCAGUCGCGGCAACAUACUCAACUACCACGUAUACGGGACAGGUAGCAAGUGUAGCGCCUGCGCGGUUAGCUGUGGCGCCCGGGCGAUUCGCUGUGGCGCCGGCACCUGCCGCAUUGCGCGCCAUACCGACCAGACUCGUAGAGUCCGUGGCCGUUGCCGGCUAUCGCUAUCCUUGAGUAAGGCUACCCACUUUUCAAAGACUUAAAAUAUUAUGUAAUAGGAUUUUUUUAAAUUAUUU